UUUACAUUAUUUAUCUACCAGCAGUCCACAUGCUUAGCUCACGCCUUGGCUCACGCUGAGCUCACGGCUCGUUUAUUUGGCUUGGCCCGUUUCGCUCACUUGGCUCAAGCGGCUCAAGUUUUAUAUUGUAGCUCAUCGGAGCUUAAGUUUGGCUAAUAGGGCUCAGGCGAGACGCAUCACUCUUCUAGCUCAGCUCACUCGGAAGCAUUGGCUGAGCUUCAACCAAGCCUAUAUAAUAACCACUUAAACUUAGCUCAGCUUCUUAUUUGUUCAGACGUCCACUAGCUCAUGGGCGUGCAGCCUGGGCUCAAGUUUCAAGUUUAAGUGUUUUUGAGCGUUAGGCUCAAUAAUUUGAUUCGAACUCAAGGUUAAAAUGGACCUAGCAUCAUGGAAGAUAAUAAUCAUUGUUGUUCUUCUAUUGCUUCCUCUCGGGUUCACUCUCCUACCAUUUAAGCUCAUCAGAUAUGUCGAGCAUGCAGAUGAUUCUCAAAAGGACAGAUUGUAUCGGAUCCUGAGCCUGCUGAACUGCUUCUCUGGAGGUGUGUUCCUGGGCGCCUGCCUCCUGGACCUGUUCCCAGACACCCAGGACAUGAUGGACAGCAUCAUGGUGCGUAUAUCAUCCAGCUUCAGCUUCCCAGUGGCUGAGUUUACUGUGGCAAUGGGCUUCUUCAUUGUGCUUAUUGUAGAGGGUAUAGUGGCGAGCUGUCACGGCGCCAGCGGCGGCGUCGGGCCGGGAGGGGACGUGGAGGAAUCUGAGCCGCUCAUCAGCGGCGCGGCGGUCAACUACGGCGCCGCCGACCGGGAGGAGGCGGGCGCGGACGGCCACGGCCACGGCCACUCGCACCUGCCGUCGGGCCAGGCCGGCAUCCGGUCGCUGAUGCUGGUGCUGGCUCUGUCGUUGCACUCUGUGAUCGAGGGACUGGCCAUCGGACUGCAGGAGAGCUCCGACCAGCUGCUGCAGCUGUUCGCCGCCGUCGGCAUCCACAAGGGCAUCCUGGGCUUCUCGCUGGGCCUGAGCCUGGUGCGCGACGGCUCGCUCUCGUUCUGCCGGAUGCUGACGUCUGCGCUGGUGUUUUCGGGCGCCUCGCCGCUGGGCCUGGGCAUCGGCUGGGCGGUGACGGACGCGGGCAGCUCGCUGGCCGGCGACACGGCCAACGCCGUCCUGCAGGGCGUGGCGUGCGGCACAUUCCUCUACAUCACCUUCUUCGAGGUGCUGCCGCACGAGUUCCGCGACAACACGGACCGCCUGCUGCGCACCCUGUUCGUGGUCAUCGGCUUCGGCGUGGUCUGCUGCGUGCUCUUCCUGGAUCCGGACGUGCGCACGCCGAAUAGCGGUGGCGGUGGCGGCUCGCCCUAGCUGAGAUUCUGAGACUACUUCGCUCUUUGACUGCUGACACUGUUUGAGUCGGUCGUGGCUGAGGCCAUGUCUUAUUAGUUAUUGAUCCGCUGCAACACCAAAAGACAGGACAUAACCAAUUCAUGCACCACUUUCUCAGGAAUGCGGUGUGGGAACAAUUGGAAUUAGUUCAACUAGUGGAACAUCAAAAGGGAAUAACUCAAGUGGCAUGGGGGCUCGCUGACAUUUGACUCAACCCAAAGAAUUAGUAUUUGUCAUUCCCAUCCUAGAUGAAUUGCAGUGCCGACUGAUAACAAACGAGAAUUAUUUUUGCUGAGUGUAUUAUUCAGCCUAGUGUUCACUUUCAGCGUACAAACCCUCACUAAAUGGCGCAAAUCUCGUAUCGAUAUUACCUAGAAGUCAUAACUAGCUGUAGCGUCAGUGUGCCUCGCAUUGGGUAGUGAAUUAGUCUGUCACUUAGCACCCCACUGCGUCGUGAUCAUUGGAGUGCCUCGGCUGUUCAUUGGAGUUGGUUGUCGUACAGGGACCUGUGCGUCGUGAACUCAUCGCAUCCAUUGUAAGAUGACAGUUUCUCAUUGUGAUUUGGUGGCCGGAGGGCUAUAUCGUAGUUCGUAUAGCUGCAUUCAUUAUUACGGCUCAUUGACCUUCAUGUUGGGACUUGGAAGUGGUCGAUGUCUGAUUGUGGAAAGAAAUGCGCAAAGAUGUUCAUUCAGGUGUUGUAUUCGAUGAGUAAUUAGUUUGUCCUAAUGCCUCCCUAUUGUUCAUAUGCUAAAGUUUCCUUAUCGGUCAACAGCGAGGUUCGGUAAAUGUCUUUGUUGAUGUUGGUAGGCUUGUGUCAGAUUGUGAGUUCAGGAAUUUGAUUGCACGUUAUACUUGAUAUGGGCUUCCAAAAUGUAUUUUUAGAUCUUAGGUCAUAGAUUUUAAUAAUUCAAUGGGAAGCCCAGCCACGUAUUCCGCUACUUAUCAUUCGUCUUGGGCUGCGCCAACUUAAAGAACAUUUAUGCAUGGAGUUAUUUCAUUCGUGUUAAUUUGUGCAUGCCGUAUGCGUUAUGCUCAGGAUGCCUGUUUUGUUUCCUUUGCUUUUCCGCUAAAUCAAGAAAGGUUUUCCAGUUUAUUAAUCUAUAUGUUCGGGAUGUAUAGCAUGUUUUACUAUGCAUACUUGCUUGUCAUUUGCAAUUCUUUAUUGUAUUUUAGCCAUGUAGCAAUGUAUUUUAAGAAUUCCCAAGUGAAUAUCUGACUACGUCUGCCUGACGUGGUCGUACGUAUACUCCGCGAGAUGAAAACGAGCGAUGUUUCUGGUGCCUACGGACAUCUCACCGGCCCGGCUCAGGCUACUGUCCUAAUUAGUUCUCUGUCGGUCGCACUGCCUGCGCUCUGCUACUGGACGGUUUGUUGAUCCUAGGCAGUUUCUUGUUUCUGUACACUUACACUUACAGUUCAAGCUAAGACUAAGCUAAGACAUUUGGAAUAGCGAGGCAGAUCGUCGAGCAGAACCACUGGCCGUGUGCCCUAUGUUACAGAACCCGCGAUGUUUAGCUUUAUCGUUUAUUUGGGGAAAGCUGUGAUAUGUAUUAUCUUUCAUUCAUAUCUCAAUUGUUUUUAUUGUAAUAGAAGUGUAGCCAAUAAUACAGUUUAAAAUGUCA